CAAGCCGCGCCCCGAGGAGCUCUUGGAAGGGCUCCCGCCUGCAGCUGGGGAAUCCGCUCGGCGGGGAGAAUCCGUGCCAGGGAAUCCAGCUCUCCGGACUCACGCUGCAAACAAAAAGCUCAGGUCUUGCUCCCUCCCUCCGCCCCCCCCACCCCGACGCGCACCCGGAGAAACAGUUUUCUGCAGAAAUGCAACAAGUAGCACCCGGAGCUCGCGAAGCGCCCUGCGCCGCCUGACUUGGCCCGGCGAAGCCCGCCUGUAGAGAUCCGCCAGCCACCGGACAAAGGGCGGAGGAGGGGCUGGACCGCGCAGCGAAGUCCGAAAGAGGCCAUUUAGUGACUCUGGCCAGGCCAAGGGGAAUGCAGAGGAGACACAGAGCCGGCGGGCCAAGAGGACGAUCCGGCCUCAGCACGCAGGGCGGGCGGCGAUGGAGGCUGCCCGCGCCGUGCGCUUCCUAUUCGUGGUGUGCGGCUGCCUCGCGCUCCCGCCGCGGGCCGAGCCUGUGUGCCCGGAGCGCUGCGACUGCCAGCACCCCCAGCACCUCCUGUGCACCAACAGGGGGCUCCGCGCCGUGCCCAAGACCAGCUCGCUGCCGAGCCCCCAGGACGUGCUCACCUACAGCCUCGGCGGCAACUUCAUAACCAACAUCACGGCCUUCGACUUCCACCGCCUGGGGCAGCUCAGACGGCUUGACCUGCAGUACAACCAGAUCCGCUUUCUGCACCCCAAGACUUUCGAGAAGCUCUCGCGGCUGGAGGAGCUCUACCUGGGGAACAACCUCCUGCAGGCGCUCGCCCCGGGCACGCUGGCCCCGCUGCGCAAACUGCGCAUCCUCUACGCCAACGGGAACGAAAUCGGCCGCCUAAGCCGCGGCUCCUUCGACGGCCUGGAGAGCUUGGUCAAGCUGCGGCUGGACGGGAACGCCCUGGGGGCGCUCCCUGACGCGGUCUUCGCACCCUUGGGUAACUUGCUCUACCUACAUCUGGAGUCCAACCGGAUACGCUUUCUGGGCAAGAACGCCUUCGCCCAGCUGGGCAAGCUGCGCUUCCUCAACCUCUCUGCCAACGAGCUGCAGCCCUCUCUACGCCAUGCGGCCACCUUCGCACCGCUGCGCUCCCUCUCCACGCUCAUCCUCUCGGCCAAUAGCCUGCAGCACCUAGGGCCGCGUGUUUUUCAGCACCUGCCACGCCUUGGCUUACUCUCACUCAGGGGCAACCAGCUCACGCACCUCGCGCCGGAGGCCUUUUGGGGCUUGGAGGCCCUGCGCGAGCUGCGCCUGGAGGGCAAUCGGCUGAGCCAGCUCCCCGUGGCGCUGCUGGAGCCUCUGCACAGCCUGGAGGCGCUGGACCUGAGCGGCAACGAGCUGUCUGCUCUGCACCCCACUGUCUUUGGCCACCUGGGCCGGCUGCGCGAGCUCAGCCUGCGCGACAACGCGCUCAGCGCCCUCUCCGGGGACAUCUUCGCCGCCAGCCCGGCCCUCUACCGGCUGGAUCUAGACGGCAACGGCUGGACCUGCGACUGCCGGCUGCGGGGCCUGAAACGCUGGAUGGGCGACUGGCACUCACAAGGCCGGCUUCUCACCGUCUUCGUGCAGUGUCGCCACCCCCCGGCCCUGCGGGGCAAGUACCUGGAUUACCUGGAUGACCAGCAACUGCAGAAUGGGUCUUGCGCUGAUCCCUCGCCCUCAGUUUCCCCGACUGUCGACAGCAAGCCGCGGCCCUUACCCACGGCCGCGGGGGGGGAGAUGGCGCCCCCUGCAGGUGGCCUCGCGGAGCAGCUGCCGCCGCAGCCACAGCAGCGGGGGCGAUUUCUGCCUGGGGUGGCCUGGGAUGGGGCCGCCAGGGAGCUCUUGGGCAACCGCAGCGCCCUGAGGCUGAGCCGACGGGGCCCGGGCCUCCAGCAGCCCCCCUCUGCCGCUGCUGCAGCGGGCCCCGCGCCACACCCCCUUGACCUGCUCGAGAAGCCCGAGCGGGGACGUCCGACUCCGGCCGAUCCUGUCCACGCAGAGCCCACCCCGACAGCCGCGCCCGCCUCUGCGCCACCGCCCGCCGGCGACCCCUGGCAGCGCGCGGCGAAGCAGCGCCUGGUCGCAAAGCAGCAGGAGAGCGCCGCCCAGGCCGACGCUGGGGUCGGCCUGCCGCCGCUGGUGUCCGACCCGUGCGACUUCAACAAGUUCAUCCUGUGCAACCUGACGGUGGAGGCGGUGGGCCCCGACAGCGCCUCAGUGCGCUGGGCCGUGCGCGAGCACCGCAGCCCCCGGCCGCUGGGCGGCGCGCGCUUCCGCUUGCUCUUCGAUCGCUUUGGCCAGCAGCCUAAAUUCCACCGCUUCGUCUACCUGCCCGAGCGCAGCGACUCGGCCACACUGCGCGAGCUGCGCGGGGACACCCCCUACCUGGUGUGCGUGGAGGGCGUGCUCGGAGGCCGGGUCUGCCCGGUGGCCCCCCGGGACCACUGCGCCGGGUUGGUCACCCUGCCGGAGCCUGGGAGCCAGAGCAGCGUCGACUACCAGAUGCUGACCUUGGCCCUGCUGGCCGUCAACGCGCUGCUGGUGCUCCUGGCCUUGGCAGCCUGGGCAUCACGCUGGCUGCGGAGGAAGCUACGGGCCAGGCGGAAGGGCGGCGCCCCGGUGCACGUUCGCCACAUGUACUCCACGCGCCGGCCGCUGCGCUCCAUGGGCACCGGCGUGUCUGCCGACUUCUCUGGAUUCCAGUCGCACCGGCCGCGCACCACCGUGUGCGCGCUUAGCGAGGCGGACCUCAUCGAGUUCCCCUGCGACCGCUUCAUGGACAGCGGGGGCGGCGGCGCGGGCGGCAGCUUGAGGCGGGAGGACCAUCUCCUGCAGAGAUUUGCUGACUAGCUCCGGGGCCUCCAGGGGAGUGAAGACCUUCUCAUUGGCCUUGAGGAGCCACCUCUCCAUGGGGCCCCUCAGCCCACCUCAGGGGAAGAUCUCAUUUUAUCAGACCUUCUCCUUUCCACCUUUUGUGCACUUGCCAGAGGCGCCAAAGGGGACAGACAGCCAAUUCGGCACCACCCCCCAAUUCUCAGUACUCACUCACUAACUACAUGGAUGGUGUUAGUGGUCACGGCCAAGAGUAGGGAACAAAUGGAUGGUGGAUUCCGGAGGUGGGAGGCCUUAUUUACGUGGAGACCUUGGCGCGGCUAUGGGAAUGGCUUUUGUGGCAUUGCAAUACAAUAGCCUGGCCGCCUUUGGGGUAGAAAAGGGUGCUUGUGCCCCCAACAUGGCCGGAGAGAGAUUUGGGUGCAUGCUUUUGUUUGUUCAGUAUCAAACAAAGGAGUUUUGUUUCUAUUUAAGGAAAAAGGAACCUAUUACCAUUACAAAGGAGGCUUGGCAACUGACUCCACUGGUCUGGUGGUCUCUGCCAAGAAGGGCAAUGUUGUAAACAGGUGGUAAAGUUUAACACACUCGCCAAGGAACUCUUUUAUGUUGGUUGAUAGAACAUUCAGGAUAACUUAAUGUUUAAAUAGAGACGCUAUUUUUUUUUUCAACAAUGUGAAGAGCUCUGACAUGUAAACUGACGAAUAAAGUCAAGGACUGUUUUAGUUGAGCCGGCCGUUCAACUAUUUUUACAUUAACCCCACAAGAACGAUUGCUGACCAUAGGGUUCACUAAGAUUACACACUUUCUCAGGAGACGGCUGCAUGCGAGCCUUCUCUGUCAGGGUUGCCCCUGUGGCUGUUUAAGUUUAUUUUUUAAACCUAUAUAUGGAAAAGGAAAUUUCAGUGCCAGACUUGAUAAAAGAAUGUAAUGUGUGUGUAACUGAUGACCCCAUAGGGAAUGCCAGCAUUCUAGUUCACUUACUACAUCUCUGACAGUGUGUUCAAAUUGGAAUAAGUGUGCUGUGGUACUUCUCAUGUUUUUAUCAGUGACAUGUAGUUGACUGUGCCUGUUUCUCUUGAGUUGCACAGUUAGCUGAUAAAGGUGAUUUCCUAAUAGGAGGGGAGCAAAAGGUGAUUGUCAGUUGGUAGUGUAAUGUUUGAUCACAUUGAUGUCUUACUCUAUAUGAAAUAGUAGAGGGGAAGAAAUUAGUGGGAAAAAUGUGAAAAAAAUGUACAUCAGUGGUUGUCUGUUUCUACUAAAACCAGAAGAUUGUUUUGAGUACUUAAACCUCACUGUGAACUAAUUAUAUAUUUUGCAAAUUAAUCCCUUCACUACUCAGUGUUUUACUGUAUUAUUAAAUUUUAUCUUUUAGUUAAUAAUUGCAGUAUUUCUCUUAAAUGUUUUUGUUUUAAACUUAGGGUUAGGCUUCAUUUGCUCAGUUGUUUUCAAUUAUUUGGGAUACUUUUGUUCCCUGAUAUUUAUGAAGUACAUGUUUAUCACUAAAUGUAGUGCUUUGGUUUACAUUUAUAAUUUUGUGUGUGGUCUAAAAAUGCAGUCACUAAGAGGGUGUGCACGGCUAGAUUCACCGUGGUUAUGGGUUUAUGGGCAGUGGGGUGCCGUGGAGGCCACUGCAAUGGUGCUAAGGCUAACAGUGAAUCUUCUGUUUAGGGCCUUAAGCCCCUGAGGGUCCUGAUGACUCAGGGAAUCUGUCAUAGUCCAGGGGUCCUUCAACCCCAGCCUACUCCUUUUAUAUAUGGCCUCCACUGAACCAGGCCUGCCCUCGUCCCAACAGCUGAGCAGGGACCCAGGGAUCUAAAUGAGCUGAUCUUUGUUUAUAUUCCGAUGAGUAAAUGUCCAGACCACUUAAAGUACAGCUGCUUUUCUGGCAGUCUUAUCUGUGGGGCCAAAACUUAAUAAACCACAGGAAAUAGACUGUCAUUCUUAGUUUGCUUCCGGGGCUUGUUUCAGAUUCUGAGCAUUUUGGUACAUGGGAGAGGUGUAGUUCGCUCUUGUUUGCAACCUUUGGGCUGUCGUACACCCCUCGUGCUCCUAGCUUUUUUCAUUCAUAGAGUGACUGCAUCUCUUAGCUGUUUCUCUUGCCCAGCAGUGUAAUAUUGAGUCCCAUUGAAAGUCUGGAAAAGACCUCUGGUUCUUCUGACCACCCACGCUUUCAAAGGCAGAACAUCACUGAAAAUGCUUAAUGCCUGGAUCUAUGUAAAAACAGUUUCACUGGAAAGUCUUUCAGUGGGAAAUGAAUAAAUGUUAUACAUUGUCAUGUUCAAUUAUGUCAAUAAACCCGCUUACU